AUCCCUACGUUCAAGCUUGGCUUCAGUUGUGACUCUCGUUCUGCUGAGAACAGAAUAGUGUAGAUUUUGCUUCUGCUGCGUCGAGUAAAAAAAAAGUAAAAAAAAAUAAAUAACUCGUAGCAGAGCUCACCAAUACAGUAACAUAUACUGCCAACCCUCGAAAGCCGCCGAAGCAACGAAACGAAUAGAAAAGGGGAUAAAGAAAAACAAGUGCGCGAGUGUUGUAAAAUGUUUGCACGGUGCAAACUGAGCGCAUUAGCAGCGCUGCUGCUGCUCUGCUGCUGCGGCUGCUUAGCGCCCAAUGCAGUUGACGCCGCUGAGUUGGCUGACAAAUUGCGCGAUGAUUCGGAACUAUCACAGUUUUACAGUCUGUUGGAGCAGAAUCAGGUUGCAAAUUCGACAUUAGCUUUGCGCUCCUGCACGAUCUUCGUGCCGACGAAUGAAGCCUUCCAGCGUCACAAGGGCACCACACAUGUCCUCUAUCACAUCACCACCGCUGCGUUUAGUCAGAAACAACUGAAAACGAGCGUGUCAUCGGACAUGGAGGGCAAUCCUCCACUGUAUAUUACACAUGGACGCAAUGGUGACAUCUAUGUGAACAAUGCACGCAUUAUUCCAUCGCUCAGUGUAGAGCUGACCAAUAAGGAGGGCAAGCGUCAGGUCAUGCACAUUAUCGAUGAGGUUUUGGAGCCCCUCACUGCCAAGUCUUCCAGUACAGAUUUGAAUAAUAUGGAUGCUAUGCAAUUUAUGCGAAACGCCGAUCAAUUGAAUAUAGGCGCCAAUGGAUUGCGAACAUAUCGCGCCCAAGUGACGAUGAACAAGAAGGAAUCGCUUUAUGAGUCGCCCGGACUCCACACUUUCCUGGUGCCCGUAGAUGAAGGAUUUAAGAUGUCAUCUCGCAGCACUUUGGUGGAUGGCAAGGUUAUCGACGGUCAUGUCAUACCGAACACUGUCAUUUUCACUGCCGCCUCACAGCACGAUGAACCCAAGACUUCAGCUGCCUUUGAGGACCAACUCAAGGUCACUGUCAGCUUCAUUAAGGAAAAAGAUGGCAAGAUGUAUGUGAAAUCCAGAACAAUGAGUGGCGAUGCAAAGCAUCCAGAGGGCGUGGUGCUGGCUUUGAUAGUUAAGGCCAACAUUCCCGUUAAAAACGGCGUUGUCCAUCUGAUUCACCGUCCGCUGGUGAUCAUCGACACCACCGUCACAGAGUUUUUACAGUCGUUAAAGUUUCUGACCGAUAACGGCGAGAACGGAGCAUUGCGUAAAUUCUACGAGGUUAUUAUGGAUGCUGGAGGUGAAGUUCUGGAUGGCAUCGCUAAAAUGUCGGAGGUUACCAUUUUGGCGCCCAGCAACGAGGCAUGGAACGUGUCAUCAAUCGACAAUAUUGUGAGAGAUCGCAAGAGAAUAGUCGAUAUUAUAAAGAUGCACAUCAUUAGGGAUCGCUUGAACGUCGGAAAGAUCAGACAGAAGAAUGCUAACAUGAUCGCCCAGGUGCCCACGGAAAAUAAUAGAACCUUCCUGUAUUUCAACGUUCAGGGCGAGGGUGCCGAUGCUGUGGUCACUGUUGAAGGUGGUGGCGUCAAUGCCACUGUGCUGCAGGCUGAUGUGGCACAAACCAAUGGAUAUGUGCAUAUAAUUGAUCGUGUUUUGGGCGUGCCACAUAACACUGUGCUGGGCAAACUUCAAACCGACCCGAUGAUGAGCGACACCUACAGAAUGGGAGAGUUCUCACACUUUAACGAUCAGCUGAAUAAUACUCAGCGCCGAUACACUUUCUUCGUUCCGCGCGACAAGGGAUGGCAACAGACCGAACUGGAUUAUCCCUCGGCGCAUAAGAAACUGUUUAUGCGCGACUUUCACUAUCAUUCAAAGAAUCUAUUGGAGCGUCAUCUGGUCAUUGCGGAUCAGGUGUAUACCAUGAAAGAUCUGGCACAAAUGUCACUCACCACCGAUCAGGUGGUGCUACCAACAUUGCGUGACUCACUUAAGGUUAAGGUCGAGGAGGAAGCUGGACAUCUACAUGAUGAGUUUGCUAGUCACGAAUGGACUGGAUAUGUGAUCUAUUGGAAUUACAAGAAGAUCAAUGUUUAUCGGCCGGAUGUGGAGUGCACCAAUGGCAUUAUCCAUGUCAUCGAUUAUCCGCUGAUGGAAGAGAAAGACAUUGUUGUGAGCGGAGGUAGCUAUUUGCCAGAAUCAAGCAUUUGCAUCAUGUUGGCCAACCUCAUAAUGAUAACAGUAGCAAAGUUCUUGAACUAAACGCAUUAUUCAUAAAUGUAAAAAUCAAAUCAAAACAAAACCAGAAAUGAUAUCAAUACAGUCAAAAUCUGACAACAUUUACAACAACAACAACAACAACACCAACAACAGCAAACAACAAACACAAGACAAAAGAAACGUAACUAAUAUAUUAAUUGCAUAUGUUUAGCACAUGUUGUACAUUCAUAUAUAAACAUACAUUCAUGAUGAACUGUAUUAUAUGUGUCACAAGAAACAACACACAGGCACACACACACACAGAACAUUUCACACACAUUUCGAACUCAAAAACUCACUUAAGCGUUAAAAGAAAAUUCUUCUUUUGUUAAUUUUAAGCAUUGAACUCUAUUUCCAUACCAUGGCCUUAUGUAUUAUAUAAAAUAUAUACUCUACCUUUAAUUAAUUUAUAAACUUAUGUUCGACACACAUAAGUACAUACUUUUAUAAUUUAAGUUCAUUUAAGCUCUAUUUGCUCGAUAAGUUUUAAGUUUUGUUCGUAUUUGCAUAAUUAUGUUAUUAUUUUUUGUUUGAGUUAAGUGUAAAUUCUGUCCACUGAAAUGUAAUAAUUUAUCAUUUAUUGAAUGAGUUUUAUUUAUAAUAAGUGCGUAGAAUGCGAAUCUCAAUGUACAUCACUGUCAAACCAGAAUCGUUAAGCGAAUCUCACAUUCAUCUGGUCAUGCAGACUUCAUGGAUACACUAUAAAAAAAAAUAUAUAUAUACAUAAAUACAUAUAAAAAUUCGAACAUGUAACCAAAUGAAAAUCAUGGCAACCGUUUUAACAAUGUGAACAUAUAUUUUAUAAUAAACCUACAAAAGUUUUUAAUUUAAUUGAAUUAUGACAAAAUAUGUAGAUUUUAAAUUUUAAGCCAAGCAUCCUUGUCUAUUUAGGUUAAAUUGUAUGCCUACAAAUAAACUAUAAAAAAAAACUGAGAAUAUAUAAAUAUAUAUUCAGAGGGUAAACAUACAUGAAUAUAUUUAGAAUAGAAGCCAUCCUGCACUUAUGUAUGUAGUUGUUAGUUCUGCUAUGCAUGUGCCCCAGCCACACGCACACACACACCACACACACAGAGACACAAAGACACACACUCAUACAUAAAGAAGCAACUUUGCAAAACUGCCUGUAAACUACAAGAAACAUAUGUAACAAAGUGUUUUUUCACACUCACUCACUGAUUUAAUGGAUUUUGAUACAAAAUUUUAACAUAUUGGCUUGUGCUUAUCAAAUUGGACAAGCAAUAUAUUUCCAACAACAAAAACAGCUACAUUUUCCAAUUUAUAUGUAGCUGUCAUGUUAAAACUAUAACUAGUUGUAUUCUUGCCAAAUGGGCAGGAGGUUUAAAGAAUUGUACUAAGAACAUAGAAAACACGAGUGCUAACUAUACAAACAUUUCUUUCUAUUUUUCUCUAUCUCUCUCCCCCUAUAAUGCUAUAUAUAUUUCUAGGUUAGAUAUUGUAACUAUCGUGAGAACUCGACAAAACUAAUGUACUCGUGUUACCAAUAUAUAUAUGUGUAUUACUACCUGUAUUAUUCCAAAACACAAGUGCAGUAACUAUCAGCCUAAAUGUACACUAUCAACAUGAAUCACGCAACCAACCUACCAAUCAACCCUUAUUACCAACCACCCCAAUAUGAAACAAUACAAAAGUUUAGAUGAUGAUCCAUAGGAUGAGAUACCGAUCUUUGAUUCCCCCAUCCAUGAUAUCUAUCUUUAGUAGGCUGGAUAGUUGUAUAGUUGCUUGUUUUGUAAUCAGUUUAGUUUUGCCAUAAUAGCUACAACUAAAACUAAGUAUGUGAAAUGAAUACGCUAAAUGAAAUUGUACACGUAAGCUUUAAAAUUUGGUCGGAAAAUGGAAGGAGAAUGAAUAUGAAUUAUGAUAAAUAUGCCGUAGUCAGUAGUUACACGUUAAGAAAUAUCCUUAACUUUAAUGGGGACUCUAACGUGUAACUAGUGCCUUACUAAAGAUAAACGCAUUACCUUAACCCUUAUACAAAUUUACUCAUCAUAAACUAAAUUAAAUAAAUAAAGGGGAACUAUAAAAUCAAGUGAAGAUCUUUGGAUUACGAAUACUAAAAGUAUAUUGUAUUUGGAAAAUAAAAGAGAUCAUAUUUACAUACAUAACAGGCAUUGCAAUAUUUCUGCUUAUAAAUGUACACAAUAAUUCAAUGAUAUAUUAAGCCACAAGCUAUUUACACCAAA